AAACAUAAUGAAGGUGUGGCCCGAAGCCAGCCCCGCCUCGUCCUCCCCGGGCGGAAGUUUGGGGGCAGUUACCGGAAGUCUUCGUGAGGUGGGGCGGGGCCUUUGCGGCAGCACGGUGGGAUCAGUAUGGCUACCGAGGGGGAUGUGGAGCUGGAGUUGGAGACUGAAACCAGCGGCCCAGAGCGGCCUCCGGAGAAGCCACGGAAGCAUGACAGCGGUGCGGCGGACUUGGAGCGAGUCACUGACUACGCGGAGGAGAAGGAGAUCCAGAGUUCCAAUCUGGAGACGGCGAUGUCCGUGAUUGGAGACAGAAGAUCCCGGGAGCAGAAAGCCAAACAGGAGCGGGAGAAGGAACUGGCCAAAGUCACCAUUAAGAAGGAAGAUCUGGAGCUGAUAAUGACAGAGAUGGAGAUCUCACGAGCAGCAGCAGAACGGAGCUUGAGGGAACACAUGGGCAAUGUGGUAGAGGCUCUUAUUGCCUUAACCAACUGAUCUUUGCUUUCUCAGACCCACUCACUGGAUUAUUUUAUUUCAAUAAAGACUUAUUCUUAUUUUGCAAUUA